ACGACCCGCAUUACCGACCGGUACGACCACCAACGUGCACACGCUUAAGAGCGCGUUUUGCGCACUACGUAUGGGCCGCGUUAUUGCAAUUAGUGCUGAAUGUCACUGCGCGAGUUUACAGAUAACAGGUGUCAAUAAUAAUCACUGAGCAACCGCACGUACUAAAGGAUGUUGGAGUCGACUAUUCAAGCGUUAGCAAGUGGCAGAGUAAUUCUAGCCAGUGGUUCCCCAAGGCGACAUGAUAUAAUGAAAUUUUUGGUAAACAAUACGAUUGUAUGAAUAAUUUCAAUCGUGAAUAUGUCUAUACAAAAUAAAUUACGUAACAGUAUGACUGUAUUGAUGGAUACUGAUCAUUGGAAUAUAGCCAAGUACAAGGUCCUUGAGGUGUAUGAACGACUGAAGGCAGAUCCAGUGCCACCGUCACUGAUAAUUGGAGCUGAUACAAUGGUAACGAUGGGUAAUGUUGUUUAUGGCAAGCCACAUGAUGAGGUGGAGGCCUUUCAAAUAUUAUCUAGUCUGGUGAAUAAGCAGCAUGUCGUGUACACUGGUGUGUGCUUAAAGACACCGCAGAGCCAAGUCCAGUUUUAUGAGUCGACAAAGGUGAAAUUUGGAGAUAUAUCUGAGAAGCAAAUAAGAGAGUACAUAAAAACAGGUGAUCCCAUGGAUAAAGCAGGGGGAUAUGGAUUCCAAGGGGUUGGGGGCUGUUUGAUAGAGAAGAUAGAUGGUGAUUAUUAUACUGUAACGGGCCUGCCGAUGUAUGCACUGUCCAGGCGACUGGAUCAGAUGUUUUCUGUUGAUGUUCAAUGAGAGCAUUGUGUUGAGCAUGACAGUACCCUGAAGGACAACUAUUGUACUAUCGUUUCUACGUGAAUAAAUGUU